AUGACUCUAUUCUACUUCCAUCUGCCAUGGAUAAUUAACGAAAAGGAGUACAAUUGUAGCUCACGAUCGUAUGCAGAAUGGAAAAGCCGUGGAUCAGUGAACAUCUAUCAAGGCACUUACUUUGCCGUAGCUGGAACAAUUUUUCUUAUUAUCUACGCGCUUUGUUUGGCAGGAAUGUAUCGGGGUCUAUUGUUGAAGAAAGCUUGUUACAAACUGAUGUUCUUUAACGGGUUUGUCGACAUCUUCGACUUAAUGCUUUGCUCAUACAUAAUCCCCUAUUUCCACUUCACGGGAGCUGUUUUCUGUACUUCUAUGGCAUUCAAUUGGUUUUCUGGACAUCUGGCCUACAGUCUCUGGUUUGGUGCGAGUUUCAAUUGUACAGUUUUGGCGCUUAAUAGAUUCGUUGAAAUGAUUCCUGUGGCAAGACAAGUACAGUUUCUUUUCCGAGGAAAUCUGCUCUAUAUGUGGAUGCUUAUCUCAGCAUUUUACAUGAUUAUUGUAUGGUUCACCAUCAGACCACUUCUUUUCAAUAGUGUGGCAUCUGCAUACAUAGGAUCGCCUAUGAUAACGGAUUCACCAUCGGACCAUGACCACUACACAUCUUUAUAUCUAAAGACAUUUACAGGAUUAACGGGGAUACUCUACAUAGCGCUCGAAUUUCUCCCAGUUCCUCAAUGCGUUGUCAUCGCUGCUCACGUUAUAUGGCAGCUUAGUCAUGGCAUACAUGGGAUAAUAUACCUUUGUUUCAACGUGCAAAUUCGACAAGAAGUUGCUUCUUUACUAUUCAAAUCUAAACGAAAAACAGGAAGUAUUAAGAGCAGUCAUAGAUCAGUUCUUGGGACUUCUGGCUCGCACGUGUAG